AUGGAGACCAAUAACGAACAUCAAGAAAAUACACAGGAAAUCCUGGAAUUGGAAACCCUAAGGGUGCCAACAGCACAAGACGGUGGAUAUCCAAUUCACAAAGCAAGCAGCAGUACCAGCAUAGCCAGCGCCAUAAGCGCAACAGAGUACCGGUUCGAGAAGAAGGCACCGGUAGAUGAAGAGAGCCAGACCAUAAAGGAAUGGCUAAAAGAUCAUGCCAGCCUGCGAGACAAGCUACUGGAAAUAAGGCGCACGACCAGAGAAAUGAUGAAAACUCUGGAGAAGCAGAAGAACGUGAAUAUUACGAUUAAGGAUGAAUUACCUAUUAUAGGAUCCACCAUAAUCGAAGCUCUCACGACCCUCGACAAGAUGGAAGAUGCUAGGACGACAAAGUCGCAGAAGAGGGAACGGGCAUCAUCCGACGGAGGAGAUGGUACCCCCGCCAAAAAAGACAAGAAAGAGGAUAGAAGGGCACCCUCCACGAGCAACAAAACUGCAGAGGCACAAGAGCCUUGGCAACUAGCGGCAGGGAGAAAGGCAAAGAAGAAGGAGAAGAAAAAUCAGGAGCAAGACCAGCCUCAACAAUUGAGGAAAAAGGCAGAGAGGACCCCGCGGCGGAGAGGAGAUGCAAUCGUCGUAAGACCGGAACCGAGAAAAACUUACGCCGAGAUCUUGGGACAGAUCAAGGCAAGAGGAGCUGAAUACGGAGGUUAA